AUGCAGGCGCACCGGUGCCGAGAGACCUGCAGUUGGCCAUGGGGAAGAAUCGCACAAAUCGCCGUGGUUGUAUCCACGAUGGCGCUGUCGUUUGGGCUGCAGACAGAGAGACCCACAGACGUCUCCUUUGUGGAAGAGUCGCCAGGAGCCCUGCAACCUUUGGAAGGUGACCACAAUGCUACCGGUUGUGGGCUUAUAGAUUUUGACCACAGGAGAUUCACAUGGGACGAGAUAGAACUGAAAAAGGCUGGAUGGAUUGUGGCGCCCGAAGCUGCAGUCCGAUUUAACUAUUUUGUGAGCAUCAGGGACAAUAGCUUCAACCAUGAGUGCAGUGGCAUCGUGAUCAAAGGCGCGUGGGUGCUCACUGCCGCGCAUUGCAUCGAGGCUGUGGGCCCAAACCCUUUGGUGAUGUUCUUGAGCCCAGAAGGCACAAUUGCCACCAGUUGGCAUCCUGGCGCACAGGCAAUGAGGGUGGAGGAUGCCGAAAUCCAUCCCAAAUGGACUGGCAACGUUGAGGAUGGGUGGGACGCUGCAAUGUUGCGCCUGCCCCAGCGCGUGAACAUUACUGGGCCUGCCCUGGCUGCCCCCAAAUCCCACGUCUAUUGCUCCAUGCGCGUCUUUGUGCUUGGCCUAUACGAUGAAGGUGGCCUGUACGACCGUGGCGGACACCUUCAAAUGGCAGAGAUGACGAUCGUAGAGGACCACCUGUGUCCAGGUCUGAAUGGUCUGGCGCCAGAUAUGCUGUGCGCAUUCUCGUACAGCACGCAACUGGAAGAAGGGCACGCUGGAGGCCCAGGGCUCAUCCUACACACUCCGAAUGGCCCCAACAAUCUCGGAUACGUUGACAAGGGAACCCCGGGAUUGGACCUCCUCGUGGGCAUUAUGUCGCACGGCAACGAGUCGCAUGACUACAACAGGGGCACGGGAAUGGCGCGGACAAAAGAUAUCUGGCCAUGGAUCUUCUCAAUUGUUCACCCCGAGAGUACUCAUGAACCCCCCAAGGAGGUCGAGCCCGUUCCUGCCAUUGAAAGUGCACAAGAGACAGAGGAAACGAAGGGAUUUGCUGAGGUCCCAGCUAUUCUGAUGGCCAUGAUCGCUGCGUUUACCUUGUGGUGGCUAAGAAGGCCAAGUGUGAAUGAACUGAAAUACAAUCAAGCCAUGAUGCGCUUUUUGGAGGAGCAACUGAAGAAAGCCAAAAAGGUCAGGAAUCUUGCUGAUCAACCAGGAGACAGGCUGGAAAGAUACGAUAGUGCAAUUGAGAAGGGUGAGAGGUUGUUGGCCAAACACCAGCGCUUUGAGCUCGCGAAGUUCUACAAGAUCAACGACGCUCGGCACGCCGUAGAGGGCAUUUGCGUCGAGCUGUUGGACUACUUGGAAGAUCGAGGUCUGCAAGACCACGUGCAUCUGCAACAGAAGAUUCCUGAGGAUGUUGUCAACGCCGACAAGCACCACCUGUACAUGCUCCUUGCUUACGUGCUCGAAGGCAAGCAACUAUCCCUCGAACUGGAGCGCGACUGGCAAGCUGUGAAAGACGACCACGAAUCGACGCUGAAAGGGCUGCAAAUUAUAUGCGACGACGAUAUCCAACGGGAGGAGAAAAUCGGCGCGGGAAGCGGCGGCAAUGUGUACAAGAGCAAGUGGCAGGGUGUGCCGGUGGCGGUGAAGGACGUUGUCCCCGCCAACAACGAAGUUUGCCUCGAAAAGUUUGCGUCGUUCUUCAGGGAAGCUUCUACCCAGGCGUCCCUCACCUUCAAGCACGUGACCCAGCUGUACGGCAUCACCAAAUCCGGCAAGAUGGUGAUGCAGCUGGCCUGCUGUGACCUGACCACCUUCCGCCACCGGGUGGCACUGACAUGGCCUGUGAAGCGGCGAGCGCUGUAUCAGGCUGCCCUUGGCCUGAGGCACUUGCACAUGCAGGACCCGCAGCUCAUCCACCGGGACGUGAAGAGCUCCAAUUUUCUUGUCUUCGGGGAGGAUUUGGAGACAUGUACGGUAAAGAUAUCGGACUUUGGUCUCACCAUUGAGGACACCAAGACGCGGAGCAAGACGGCCAGGGGCGAUGGUGGGUCGUGGCUGUACAUUGCACCAGAGUUCUACGACAAGAAGCCGCUGUCCCUUGCGUCGGACGUUUUCAGCCUCGGGGUGGUGAUGUACGAGGUCGUCACGGGGAAGCGACCAUAUGCAUCGGCCGGCGGCCGAGAGAUGGCCGUCAUGGCGGCAAAGUGUUCAGGCGAGGAGCCGGCCGAGGUGCAGGAUGGCCAAUGCCCGCAAGAGAUGCUGGAGCUAAUGCGAAGUUGCAUUGCCUGUACUGCCGGUGAAAGACCCUCCAUUGGUGAGGUCUGCGAGGAGUUUGAGAAAUGGAUGAGUGAUCUUGAAGAUAGCUGCGCAAGUGCUCAAUAG